AUGCUAGCUCAACUGAUCCUCUUCGGCAAAGUAGUCGUGAUCCUAGUCCAACAAUCCUGGAUCAGAUUGCGAUCACGACUGACAUCUACCGUGCACCGGUUCACGUACCAACUAGGCGAUCAACCGAAGAACAUAGUCAUUGUGGGCGCCUCAUUCGCAGGAUACCACGCAGCUCAAUGCCUCGCAAACUCCAUUCCAUCAGGCCAUCGAGUCGUGGUAAUUGAGAAGAACAGCCACUUCCAAUUAACAUGGGUACUACCGCGAUUCUGUGUUGUCGAUGGUCACGAUGAGAAAGCUUUUAUUCCGUACGGUUCCUAUAUUCAAGGCCCUCCUGGAUCCUGGAGCUGGAUCCGCGAUACAGUGGAAUCUAUCAUUCCUGACGGACGUGGAGGAAAAGUCCAUCUUGCGUCGGGUGACUCAAUUCCUUACGAGUACCUGAUUCUGGCGACGGGAGCCUCGGCCGGACUGCCAUCGAGAGUAUGUCAGACGGACAAAGAUGCUGGAAUACAGGCACUUGCCUAUCAACGAGAGAGAAUUCGUGAAGCACAGGAUAUCGUGGUUGUGGGGGUGGGUCCUGCUGGAAUUGAAUUGGCGACGGAUGCAAAGGCCCUGUUCCCAGAGAAACAAGUCACUUUGAUUCAUUCGCGGAAGGCCUUGCUGAACGACGGAUUUGGAAUGAAGCUGCACCAAGCUAUUUGUGAUAAGAUGGGUAGUUUAGGGGUGAAUCUUGUGCUUGGGGAGAAGCCGGUGAUUCCAGAUGGGACCAUGGGCGAUAUCAAACUCAGUGGAGGUGAUGCUAUUCAUUUUGAUUGUUUGAUCAAAUGUGUCGGGCAGACACCAAACUCGAACCUGGUGCGCUUUCUGUCCACCGAGACUUGUACUCCAUCAGGGCAAAUUCGAGUUAGACCUUCUCUGCAGGUUCUGGAUGAUGCAUUUCCACAGAUCUAUGCGGCAGGGGAUGUCAUAGAGGCUGGUUCAAUCAAGAAUGCUCGUUCUGCUGUUCAGCAAGCGCAGGUCGUAGCGGAUAAUAUCACUUGCAAUAUUCGAGGCCAACGACAGAUCGAAUAUCGACAGCAAUGGUGGGAGGGAACAACGAAGCUCACAUUAGGGACUGAAAAGAGUGUAGUUUAUAUCACUGAUCAUAGUGUUGAAGUGCUGUUUUCCGCACGCAGGCAGAGGGUUGAACUGGACAGCGCGAUGGUAUGGAAAUAUUUCGGUGUGAAUCCAUACGUGAAUUAUUAA